AUGGAGGAGGAGGAUGAAAAUCAUUUUACAGAUGGAAGAUCAGAAACAAGCGUGGAACAAACGUCGUCAUCAUUAGCUGGUAAAAAGAGAGAUGCAAGGGCUUUAGAAUUCCAAAUUCCAAACUUUAGUUUUAAUGUAAAUUCACUGUUCCCUAACAAUACAAAAAACGACCAAAAUCAGGACGGAUUUACGGCUGUGAAAAAAGCAAAACGUGGCAAAAAACCAGACAGUAACUUAAACACUACGAUGGCCAACUCUUCAGCUGUUGCAACACAUACACCAUCCUCAGUUCAUUCCUAUUUUACGUUCGGUGUACCAAAUAAACAGACAACGAUGCCACUACCUUCGAAACCUUCAACAAGAACAUUUCAUAAUUCAAAAUUUAAUAAUAAAACAAGCCGUCCUCAGUUUGACACGAAGAAUAGAAAUCCAAACUCUUCACAAAAAUGUUUAUUUCCUCCAAUCAAAAUUAAGUUUGAAAAUACAGUAAAACCUUCAGAACCAAAAGUUCUAAAUGAAAUUAUCAAAUUUAAUACCAGACUAAAUAUAAAUUUUAUUCGAUAUUCUACAUUACCGAAUCAUGCAAAUGAAUUACUGAUAUUCGCCAAUAAUGCCGACACAUAUCAACAAUUACUUACAGAUGGAAGUCUCCCAAAACAAAUUAGUGGUUCAUCAUUCACAAUUACUCUUCCAAAUCGAAUCCCCACUUGUCAAUCAAUUAUCAUGACUGGUGUACCAGCAACAUGGGAUACAACAGAAAUGCAUGAAUUGCUUGCCGUACGCUAUCAAUCCGUAGCACAAACAACACGUAUCUAUAAUAAUAAUGGUGAAUCUACAACAAGAGUUCGUGUUGAUUUAAGACAAUAUUCUGAAGUUGAACGAAUUUUAAAAGAUCAACAUAUUUAUAUGAAUUCCGUUAGCUGUCCGGCAAAACCUUAUUCACCGCUACUUCAUUUGCAACGUUGUUUUCAAUGUCAACAAUUUGGGCACACAUCUUCUACAUGUACAAACAGUCAUAAAUGUUUCAAAUGUGCAGGUGACCACUCAUACAAUAAAGAUUGCAAAAAACCAAUAAAAUGUGCUAAUUGUGGAGCAGCACAUAUGGCUGGAUCUCCUCAAUGUCAGCAUAAAAUUAAUCAUCGAAAAAGUCUGCUAGCAGAGAAACAAACACAACACUCACACUUUUCGCCUGUUGCCGCUACUUCCUAUGCUACUAAACCUAAUCUAUGGUUUUCAUCACCAGCAACACUUUUUUCAUCCGUAUUAACCGCAACAGCUAAAGUAAAUGAAACAGCAGCAUCAGUUGCAAAAGCUAAGCAAGGAUCACAACCACAAUCAUCUUCCAAAGACGACAGUAAUUUUCAAACAACAACAAUAAUAAAUUCUAUACAAGAAGCUAUACAUAAAUCUCAGACUAUCUUAAUGGACAAAAUAACCAAAGUAGAGUUUACCCAAGAAUUAACAUUAGGAGUACAACAUGAUUUACAAAUGCAAAUAAAUCAAACUGUUUCACCCCAAAUCCAAACACUAACAACUCUACUAACAUCGGUAUGCGAAAAAUUAGGUAAAGCAAAUUUAGUAUCAAUAGAGGAAGAACAAAACACAUUGAAACAACUUGUACAACAACAAUCAAUUGUCAAAACUUAUUCUAUAACCAACACACCUCAAGCACAGGAACUUUCAGCAUUAAAUCAAUCAACAACACCAUCCCAACUGUCCUUAGCCUUUAAUCCUCGUAUACAAUCUAUCGAAAUGCAUACUCAUAACACUACAACACAAGAUUUUAUUCCUUCUACAAGUGAUGACAAUUCACAUUACAAAGAGGAAGAAGAGAGGUUAAUUUCAUACUUAGAAACGUGCCAUCAACAACAGACAUGUACAAAUAUAUUCAACGAAUGGUCAACAGCGACUACUUUAUCAUCAUUAAUUGAUCAAUGGGAUAAAACUAAUAUAACAUCACAAACGAGGCCACCAAAUAUGCCAUUUUCAUUAUUGUUAUAUAAUGUCAGUAGCUUGUUACUCCAUUUAGAAGAUAUAAUCCAUUACAUAGGCACAUAUUAUCCGACAGUAUUUGUUUUAAAUGGUUUACAUUUUGAUAAUAAGGCCAAUUAUCAAUUAAGCUCAUUUUUUAAAUCAAGAUACACUAUUUAUUUCCAAAACGGCACAGUACACUUGAACAGUAAAAAAUAUACGAUUUGCACGAAUUAUUCACCAAAUGCUGAACGACUACCUAUAGAAACAUUUAAUGAGAUUUACCGUUACAAUAAAAAUCUAAUUCUAUGCGGCGAUUUCAAUUCAAGAAACAAGGAACGUUGUACCUCCUAUCAUAGAACAAGUAAGUACAGACCAUCAUUACCACCAUAUUUAAUACAAGCAUUAAAGCAUCGACGAAAUAUUGUUCAUCUUUAUCAAUCCAUAAAAUCACCAGACACAAAACAGUUACUACAACAAAUGAAUAGGUUCAUCAAACAUGAAGUGAAAAUGAUUAAAAGAGCGCAAUGGCAAAAGUUUUGUUUAGCACUAGAACCUAAAAAUACAUAUAAAUUCUGGAACUGUACUAAACGUCUAUUUAGAAAACGAACACCACCUAUAAAAGGAUUUCUCACUGAUAAUCAACAAAUUAUAACCGAAGCAAAUACUAUGGUAAACCAUGCACAUAAACAUUAUUCUAAUUCGUUUAAAAGACAUGCCGAUGACGAUAUUGAAAUUUCAACAUUUUAUCAAAAUUUACACCAAGAGGUGGAUGAUUUGCCUUCAAAACCAUUUUUAUUUAAAAUGCCCGACCUCGUUCAAUCAAUUCAAACGUUAAAAUCAAAAACAUCAUCAGGGCAUGAAAAAAUAUCGAACAAAUUAAUUAAGCUACUUCCUCGUUCACAUUAUAGUUUUAUAUUAAUUACAUUCAACAGAUUAUUGGUUAAAAAUGAAUUUCCUGAUCCUUGGAAAAAAGCUAAAAUGAUCUUACUGCCGAAAGAUAAAACAAGAUUAACAGACAUUAACAACACUAGGCCAAUUAGCCUUCUACCAUGUUUAGGAAAACUGUAUGAAAAAUGUUUCCUGAUCUAUCUAAGA